AUGGCAGAAGCAAAGGAAUUCCCACCUCGGAGCGUGAGACCGAUUGUGAAUGAGGUUGUGGCCCUCUUGAAGGAGAGACAUGAGACUGUCAGCGUGGCCGAGACUGCAGCUGGCGGAAUCAUUUCUGCUUCAUUGCUCAGCGCUCCCGGAGCGAGUGCCAUCUACAAGGGUGGACUGACGGUGUACACCCUCGAAUCACGUGUUGCAUUUGCUGGCUGGACGCAGGAGAACAUCACCAAUUACAAAGGCCCAACAACUGACAUUGUAGCCGGCAUGGCAAGCAACGUGAGGUCGAAGUUGGGAAGCACGUACACGAUUUCUGAGUCGGGCACGGCCGGACCAACUGGAGGAGAUACUCCUAACAGAACACCUGGUUACGUUGCACUAGCUGUCGCUACAGAGCAUGGGACGUAUAAAAGAGAGCUCUCAACUGGAUUGGGCGGUGACCGAGAGGCGAACAUGAUUGCGUUUGCCGUGGAGGCGUUGAAGUUGUUGAGAGAUGUUAUCAAGGGGAAUGCAAAGCCCUAA